CUUCAUAAAUCCCUCACGAAAACCCCUCAAGAUCAGUCUCAACUGUCUUUGCUCUAUCGGCCUUGAAUCACUCCAACUUGACCAUGGCAAACAGAAAUCUCAAAAGCAGGAAGACCGGUUGUAAGGAAAGACCCAGUGAGCCCCAACCUGCAUUGGAAGAGACGUACAUAGCAGAACCCACGCCCCAGUUGGUGGAAACACGCCUACCCGAGCAGUCAACAACAGAAAUACUUUCGAGCUGUGAGCCUACCACACAGAGACCGCGCAGUUCCCCUUACGCUAAAGUCCCUGUCAAACUUCUUAUCGGCGCAGACGAAACAGUCCACUAUGUUCCGAGACACCUUUUGCCUCCCGGAUGGAGCAAGACUGGUCUGGAGAAGAAGUUUUCCCUCUUAGACCUGGAGGAAGCGACUGGUCACACGCUCAUUCACUAACGUGUUUUACAAGCGAGUGCGCACCCCACCA